GGAUGACUCGAAACUGUUAGCAUGCAUGCAUGCACAGCCACACUCUCCAGACUUCCAGAAACACUCAAACAAUCGUCGUUUAGUAGCAUUUCCGAUUCCUUACUCCCCACUCCUCUCAAUUUACCUCCUCUAGUUUUCCCACACCCUCCAUCCUAUCGUCAACAUGCCAUCUCGCCCAGCAUUAACCAAACCCAAACCCAAACUUCAAUCUCAAACCCUCCCUACCAUCUCCCAUCUCCCCCGAGAACUAGUCGACACAAUAAUAACCACGCUAAUCCAAUCCUACGCCCACGACCCGGCCCAUCAAUGGACCCACCUACGCCACAUAACCCGAUUCCACAAAACCCAGCUCGAAAAACACUUUCUCAACUUCUGGCUGCCAAAACUUAUCAUCACUGUCUAUUCAAGCGAAUCCACAAGCGUCGACUACCGCGCCUGGAGUGUCUCCAAGCCUGCAUCCACCGAUUCUACUGCACGAUUCAAGGGACGGGAGGGGUGGAAGGACCUCGAUGAUGAAGAGAGGAUGUAUUGGGCCGAUAAUGUUUGGAAUAGUACUAGAAUGUUACCGAGCGUUCAUGUAAGGUUGGGCGUGGGAGAGUUGGGGGAAGGGUAUGCAGGGGGGUAUAUCAUUAGUGAUGUUGAGAUUCCGGGACUUAGGACCUCGGGAGAGGGAAGUAGUGUUUGGUUCAGGUGGAUGGAGCUGUUUGAUUGUUUAUUCAGAGAGGAGAUGGUGAUGAGGAAUGUGCAGGGGAAGCUGGUGAGUAUGAACCUUGUUUUUGUGAAUCUGCAUCUGUUUUUGACGCUAGAGAUCAUAUCGAUCGAUCGAUCGAUCGCUCGGUCUAGACAGCUACAUGGAGGCGAGGCGAAGCUUCAAUUCCAGACCCAGAUCCAUUUGCUAAACAGACUUAACCAGGUCCAAUCCCACAUCACAGCCGUCAAAUCGCAAAAAGCCUGGCCAAACACCAAACCUGCUCAGCGCGCCGCUCUCAUCGACUUCCUGCGGACAGAAGUGCAACUCCGUCGCCGCGACAUCCUCCGCCAAUGGCGCAAGCACAACCCGCCUCGUCUCCCAGCCUUGACUGAGAAGUAUUGGGACCCUAAAUACAAGCCAUACGUCCAAGAUAACCACCUCCGCGAGAACCCUCCAGAUAUUCUCGCUGUGGUAGCGGUCGAGGAAAGUAUGGUCUUCACGAUGAAAGGGUGGCGCAAUUGGGAUGUAUGCGAAAUUGCGAGAUUACGGGCGAGAGAGGCGAAAUGGGAGUGUCGGGAUUUUGACCGGGGGUGGAGAGAGAAGAGAGUUGUGACGUGGCGGGAGAGAAGGAAGGAAGUGAUGCAAGGGGGGGAGCUGGAGUUGGUGAAGAAGUUGAAAGUGUGUAAGAGAUGGCCGGAGGAGUCUUGGAAGGAGGAGGAGAUUUGGAGGGAAUGGUGCGCUGGGGGUUGAGGGAGCGGAGAGGUGCGCGUUGAGAGUGAGUUGAUGGGGGUGGACGGUGUAGUUUUCAAAUGUAUCGGUGAGGCUAACUAACAUACAAGGAGAGGCUUCUAAUUUUAAUUACUCUAGCUCUAGCCUUAUUGCCAUGAGUAGAGAAAACUUGAACGAACCCAUUAUCUA